AUGUCAAUUAUACCAAAAAAUGGAAAAGUGGCUGUAGUUGGUGGAGGGGUCUCGGGCUUGACUUUCUCGUACUUCCUACUGAAGCUCCGUCCGGAUGUGCACAUUUCCAUAUACGAGAAGAAUAAGCGUCCUGGAGGUUGGAUAUCUACUGAAGUUUUGAAAAACACUCACGAUGGGAAGGAUAUAGUCUUAGAAAAGGGACCUAGAACACUUAGAGGUGUAAGUGACGGAACGUUGCUUAUCGUGGACAUACUCAAGCAAUUGGGGUAUGGAGAUCAGGUUGAGGUGAUGAAGCUGACCUCGGAUGCCAAUCGCAAGUGGCUUCUAGAUCCGUCCAAUAACUUGGUUCAAACUCCCAAUUCAUUAUCGUCUUUUGUGAAGUUCAUGACCAGUGACGUCACAAACGGUCUUAUCAAGAGUGUGUUGAAAGAACCGUUCCAGAAAGCUGCAUCUGAUCCCAAAGACGAAUCGAUCCGAGACUUCUUUGCUCGAAGAUUUGGAUCCUCUGUAUUAGCAGAGAAUGUGCUAAGUGCUGUUAUGCAUGGCGUCUACAGCGGUGACAUUGGCAAGCUCAGUGUGAGAGCUACGCUUCCUAGACUACAGCAACUAGAGAGGGAGCACGGGUCCAUUUUGAAGGGAGUCUUUCAGCAAAUAAGAUCCAAAAAGCGAGAGAAGAGCUUAUCGCUGCAAUUGGUUCUGUACCAGUCACGAAUCUCUCCUCAAACCGACAUGAGCAGUCUCUCUGAUAAGCUCAAGAAGUUUCCCAUAAUGAGACUUCACGACGGACUACAGACUUUCCCGCUUGUUCUUAGCGAGUAUCUCCAAAGGCAAAAGAAUGUCGAUGUGCAUUAUGGUGCUGCAGUUGAGAAGUGUGACUUUCAAGGAAGCCUCACCGUUAAUGGAGAAUCCGAAAAGUUCGACCACAUAAGGUACACACUGAGCACAUCGAAGCUCGCAGAAUUGAUCAAAAACGAUGAGCUCUCCAGCAUACUAAGGAGCUUUGAACACACCACCAUCUUCUUGGCUAACAUAUAUACAAAAAGGAGGUGCUUGAUUCCAAAAGACGGCAGUGGUUUCGGCUUUUUGGUGCCUAUCCGAAACAAAAACCCAGAGUCUCUUCUAGGUGUGAUUUAUGAUUCAGACUGCGAGCUGGAUGCUGUUACUUUCUUCGAUGAAACUACCAGGCCCAAGGCUCCAUUUCACAAGGUGACCUUGAUGAUGGGUGGCCACUUCUUCAGCAGCAGAGGUGUGCCUUCCAACCAGAUAAGUAUCGCCACGGCACGUAAAGUGCUUUCUGAUAUUUUGCAUGUGGACUUGUCACAAUUCCACAAGAUAAUUGUUCGUGAUGAGGCCAAGGAAACGAGCAAGGAAGUUGAUUUGGCCGAUGACGACUUGCUUAUUUCAUAUAACUUGCAUGAGAACUGUAUUCCUCAGUACAACGUCGGUUUCCUUGAGAACGUUGACAAGAUGAAGACGUUGAUUGGCAGGGAGAGCGACGGUCAUUUCUCCAUGGGCGGCACUGCCUUGGGCAAGUUGGGUGUGCCCGAUUGUGUCAUGAAUGGGUUCGAGGAUGCUCUUAAAUUAGCUUAA